AUGGCCAGGAGACCACGAAAGAACGCUCAAGUAGCGACAACGCUGAGCUCUGCACCACAAGCCCCAAGUCCAGACGUGACAGUCGCCAAUACCACCAGCCAACAGCCAACUUCGAGAAGGAUGUUUUCCGUCAUCCUGGAUGCCUCUGUACGGCGAGCAUUCUAUCUCGUGCUGCUGGCAGCACUUUAUGCUCCUCUUUCACAGCUCAUCCUUGCACCAGUAUAUGGCUCUAUUCCAUCUACAGUCUACCACAAAUACGGCCUUGUGGUGGCCGGCAUGCUAUCCUUUGCCAUCAAAGGCUAUGUACCCAUUUGGCUAGACAAGUACUUCGCUGCCUUUGUCUUUUGGAUCCCAGUAGUCCAUUUUGCUCUCUUUCAGUUCAGCUCAACCCUGGGAAAUCCCACCGGACCUUUAGUCAUCGAAUGUGUCACUCUGUAUCCCUUGGUUACCACAUCGAUAUACCUUGCAACCAAACAGCUCCAAAGUCUCGAUUUGAGUUUUCUAGACGAUAGUAUAGCAGAAGCAGCACCACCUAUGCUCAACUACUUUCUGUUUACAAUUUUGGAGCGAACAUUUCGUACAAUAUUGCCAACGUGGAUGGGUACGAACAAACUUUUCACUCGAGUAGGACUUCAGAUGCUGAUAGCUACCACCUACACUACAAUUGUCCCACAGAGUGUCUUCUGGCCAGCAUUUCCCGCUUUGAUCUUCAACGCCCUGGCUAAUGUCCAUGCACCUUUGCAAAAGACGACAGAACUGCUCAAUAACACAUUGCAUCUAUCAGAUUACGCUUUGAUCGACAGGCAUGAAUCCCUCACCGGCUAUAUCUCCGUCUUGCAAAACAACAAGGACAACUUCCGUGUUAUGCGAUGUGAUCAUAGUCUGCUUGGUGGUGAAUGGAUCCUUCCUCCAAACACCAAACGGCGGGUGGCCGAGCCUGUAUAUGCCGUCUUCACCAUGCUCGAAGCUGUCCGACUGGUCGAUCGAAAGAAGCCAACAGAGCAGGAAAGAGCUUUGAACAUUGGUCUUGGAGUAGGUACAGCACCUUCAGCCCUACUGGCUCAUGGUGUGAGCACUACCAUCAUCGAGCUCGAUCCGACUGUCCAUCGCUUUGCUGUGAACUACUUUGGCUUACCUCAAAAUCAUACAGCAUAUAUUGGCGAUGCUAUCAAUGUGGUCGAAACUAGGAAAGCAGAACAACAAGCAUACUACGACUACAUCAUUCACGAUGUCUUCACUGGCGGAGCAGAACCUGUCGAUCUUUUCACCUUCGAGUUCUUGUCCAGUCUCAGUGAGAUGUUAAAGCCCGACGGAGUCAUCGCCAUCAACUACGCAGGAGAUCUACGCAUGCCUUCCACUUCAUUGAUCUACCGUACCAUCAACAAGGUCUUUCCCACUUGCCGCGUCUUCCGCGAAGACGAGCAGAUCAGUGAAGGUGAUACGGUAGUGGACAAUCAAGAUGACUUUACGAACAUGGUCUUCUUCUGUAGAAAGAAUACCAUACCUGUCGAAUUUAGGAAACCUGUUGAGGCAGACUUUCUUGGUAGCAAAUCGAGGAAGGCGUACAUGGUUCCGAAGCACGAAGUACCUGCUGCAAGAUUCGUGAGAGCGGGAGACCUGUUGACUCGUGCUAACACAAAAGUACUUGAGAAACUGCAUGUGGCAAGCGCAAUCGGCCAUUGGCAACUGAUGAGGAAAGUAAUGCCCGCAACGAUUUGGGAGAAUUGGUAG